AUGUCAUCCGAUAGUAUCAGUGCAUCAAAGAAUUCGCCAUUCCUAUCGUUAUUUUCCAGAAAAAAGCGGAUUAAUAACAUGAAAGCGCCAGAUGAAAUUAAGGGUUCGCCAACUGCACUGCCCGUGCACAGUGGCAACGGACAAGUGAGCACAAACGUCACCACGAGUGGUGGUUACAUUGACUCCGAAAAUUCC